AUUUCUUAAGUUGUUUUGUGAGUUUCUAAAGAUCUUAUUUUGUUCGCACAUCUUCUCCAAGAUUUAUUUUUUUUUGUUCUUUCUUUCUUUUUUGUUCGAGCGUCGGGGGACAUAGAUCUACUUAUGGAAAGUGGAGGUAAUUCCCUUCCUUCUGGGACAGACGGGGUGAAGAGAAAAGUUUCAUACUUCUAUGACCCAGAGGUUGGAAAUUAUUAUUACGGACAGGGUCACGCUAUGAAGCCACAUAGGAUUCGGAUGACUCAUGCUCUCUUAGCCCACUAUGGAUUACUUCAGCAUAUGCAGGUCCUGAAGCCCACUCCUGCCAAAGAUAGGGAUCUUUGCAAGUUCCAUGCUGAUGAUUAUGUCAACUUUCUGAGGGUUAUCACCCCAGAAACACAGCAAGAUCAGCUGAGGCAGCUCAAGAGGUUUAAUGUUGGUGAAGACUGCCCUGUAUUUGAUGGUCUUUACUCAUUCUGUCAGACUUAUGCUGGGGGUUCAGUUGCUGGUGCUGUCAAAUUGAACCAAGGAGGUUCUGAUAUUGCAAUAAACUGGGCUGGUGGGCUGCAUCAUGCCAAAAAGUGUGAGGCUUCUGGAUUCUGCUAUGUGAAUGAUAUUGUCUUGGCAAUUCUGGAGCUUCUCAAAGUACAUGAGCGUGUUUUAUAUGUGGACAUUGAUAUCCACCACGGCGACGGUGUGGAGGAGGCUUUUUACACAACUGAUAGGGUCAUGACUGUUUCAUUUCACAAAUUUGGAGACUAUUUCCCCGGUACAGGUGAUAUUCAUGAUGUUGGAUAUGAUAAAGGGAAGUAUUAUUCUCUCAAUGUACCUCUUGAUGAUGGUAUUGAUGAUGAGAGUUACCAGUCCUUGUUUAAACCAAUAAUAGGGAAAGUGAUGGAAGUUUAUAAGCCUGGUGCUGUGAUUCUACAGUGUGGUGCAGACUCUUUGUCUGGUGACAGAUUAGGGUGUUUCAAUCUCUCAAUUAAGGGCCACGCAGAGUGUGUCAGAUUUAUGAGAUCUUUCAAUGUUCCGCUUCUAUUGCUGGGUGGAGGUGGUUAUACAAUACGAAAUGUCGCUCGCUGCUGGUGUUAUGAGACAGGUGUUGCCCUUGGGAUUGAACUUGAUGAUAAGAUGCCACAACAUGAAUAUUACGAGUACUUUGGUCCAGAAUAUAAUCUUCAUGUAGCUCCAAGUAACAUGGAAAACAAAAACUCCCGUCAGUUAUUGGAAGAGAUUAGGGCAAAACUCCUUGAUUAUCUGUCAAAGCUACAACAUGCUCCAAGUGUCCAGUUCCAAGAGAGGCCACCUGAUACAGAGCUUCCAGAGGUGGAUGAAGAUCAAGAUGAUGGAGAUAAAAGAUGGGAUCCUGAUUCUGACAUGGACUCUGAUGACGACUGUAAGCCUUUGCCAAGUCGAGUGAAGAGAGAAUACAUUGAACCUGAACAUAUAGACCCAGCAUCAAAUAUGAUGGAAAUAGAUGAGCCGCGCAUCGUAGUGGAGCAAAACAACUCAAACAAGACAUCCGAUCAGCAUCUUGAGACGAAAUCAUGAACUAAUAAGGUUGCCCAACAUACCUCACGAACUUCGAACAGGCAAUAUCUAUCCACUCGUAGUUAUGAUUGGAGUUUCACUCACGGUAUUGUCAUGUAGUUCUCAAUAUGUGCUUGAAAAAAUAUAAUAAAAAUUGAAGGAGCGUGAAUUGGUCCUUGGAAGCAUGAGCCAUGAGUUGUGGCCAUAUCUUUGUGCAUAUUUCAACGAUUGUAAAAAUAGACUGCCAACAGUACGUUAUAGCAGUUUUGGAUAGUAUUAAUGGACGUAAUAGACAGGAGUUGCUUGAUCCUUAAAGUUGGGAAUUCUUCAAUUUUUUGUAUUAAUUAUCUCUCAAAUUUCUUCA